AUGCAGUGCCUCUCACCAGCGCUAAAGUCUUUCCUCCGAUCUGCAGUCUCUGUUCUUUUGCCACUACUUCUAGUCGGCUGGGUUGAAUAUGCAGCAACAGUUCCAGUGGACCAAUCCCUGAGCCAGCCACUGAGGAAUCCUGAGACCUACAUCGCAAUCAACAAUCUGUCACAUCAUGCUGAAGACAGCACGAUUAAUGACACCAGUUCAAGACUGAUUCCCAAAGUGGAUACUAUAAAGGACUCUCAGGAUGAUCUGAAGAUCUGCUGCCUGCAUGCAAACAUUCUGGACUUCUACCUCCGAAACAUCCUCCCGCACCAUGAUAACAAGCAUCCAAACAUGCACCGGGUGAGAAGUGACCUGCGGCGAGUCAGCGAAGACCUCAAGGCACACGGCUGCAAUGUGACUCACUAUCAUCACCACCAACAUGCUGUGCAGUUUCGGAAGAAGCUUACUGAGAUGGGAGAGGAGCGAGGCAUCAACAAGGCGGUCGGAGAGAUCAACAUCCUCUUCUCAUAUCUGCAGGACUUCUGUGUUCAGUCCAGAAAACAAGUCGCUUCACAAUAA